CGUUAAAUUAGCGCUGCUUGACGACUGCGCAUGAACUCAGGAAACCCUGCUGGAUUUACGUCCGACUUCAUCGGCCUGAGGCAGGAUGGAGGAAGCUGAGCUCUUAAAGGAACGUCUUCAAGCUAUUACGAAUAAGAAGAAAAUACAAGAAGAAAUUGCCCUUAAACGGCUUGAGAUCGACAGAGAGAAACUGAAGCUUCAACAUGUCAAGAAAAGGUCCAUGCGAGAUCUGUGGCUCAUGGAUGGGAUGAACAGCAGUACUGCGCAGGAAACUCAAAAAGCUCUUGAAGAUGCACAACAAGCUAAAAACCUCAAGAGCAACAUACACCGGAUAGAGAAGGAGAUUGAAGCAUUAGAAAGAGAGGAAAUGAACAUCUCAACAAAUGAAGGGCUGAUUCUGAAGAGGCUUAAAGUUGUUGAAAAGUCUCCAGAGGACAUCAUUAAGGCAGUGAAUGCAGACUUUGCAUCAGAGCCAAUCUAUAUCCAUUCAACAAUUCCAAAUAUACUAAAGCCUAGCACACCUCUAUUAAAUCAAAGGAAGAGACAAGACUUGGAAACUGAUGCAAAAGAUGACAAAGCCAAACCCGCUUUGUUUGCCAUGGAAAUUAACGUUCAGAAAGACCUGCGCACUGGUGAAAGCCAAGUUCUCUCGUCCUCCACCAUUUCUCCUCAAGAGCUCCAGCAGAGGGGCAUCAAGGUCUACGAUGACGGCCGAAAGUCUGUCUACGCCCUGCGAACAGACGGCCACCAACCUGGAGCCAACGGAGUGGAUGAACUCAGUCCAGUGGAGGUCGAAGAGCUGCUCAGACAAGCCUCGGGAAAGAAGAAAAUCUGCAAUCAAAUAAACCCUUCAUACCCCUACAGCAUGCCCCAUGAACUACAAUCACCUCCUGACGACCGCAAAUCCAAUGGAGGUCAAGAUCCCUACAGUGUGGACUUAUCUGCAUGGCCUGAGCUUGUGUAUAAUGAUGGUGUUGGCUAUCCAGAGGAUGCAGGUCAUAGACUUCCUCUUCUGCCAAUGCCGAAUUAUAACGACAGACCAGACGAGUACUUUCACAACACCAACUACAGCCAUGAGUUACACAGAGGAGAAAGGCACAAGCAAGGACCAUAUCACAACCGAGGAACGAGGCAUUUAAAUCACGACAUCAGAAACAACAGCUCGUGUUCCGCCUACUCUGAGGACUCCAAAAUCAGUGUCCUGAAUGCUAUGCCAUCGGACGAACCCGUCACUAUGAUCUUCAUGGGCUACCAGAAUGCAGAUGAUGACAGUCAGAGCUUCGAGGGAUCUGUGCGGGCUGAGCUGGUGAUCAUUGGGGAUGGAGAAGAUGAUUCCAGUAGGAAUCAAACCAAUCUGAACUCCAGUUCAAACAGAAGCAGCGUAGAGGACGGGGCAGUAACAGAAUUACAGAUACAGAUGGAGAAACUGGGACAAACCGUGUAGUGGCCAACAUCCAUUUGGUGGAUCUCUUGCUCUAAAGGUGGUUAGCAAGACAAGAAAUGUGAAUCAACAAUAUUUGUGAAAAUAAAUUGGAAAUAUUAACACUUGUGUGACACGGUGGCUCAGUGGUUAGCACUGUUGCCUCACAGCAAGACAGUCGCAGGUUUGAGCCCCGGAUAGGUUGGCAUUUCUGUGUGAAGUUUGCAUGUCCUCCCCUCAUUCUGUCCUCAUUCUGCUGUGGCGACAUCUGAUUAACAAAGGGACUAAGCCGAAGAAAAUGAAAUGAAAUUAAAUAUGAAUAAUUUUCAAGGAUUUAAAACGUUGCGAUUAGCUUAUCGCAAGAGGCUGUGGUAUUGAGUGAGCACACUUUCGUUCUGCCCAAUCAGAAUUGCGCAACCGAACUAUGCGGAAAGCCCAUAAUAAAACAAACAAACAGGAAAGUGGGGACAGUUGGGAUGAUGGCGUCUCCAUUUUCAGGAGCAUUAUUCAUAUUAAAGAAAAUCAGCAUGUCAGUAAUAUGGGAAUAUUUUAGAUAAUAUUCAGUCACAGACACCAAGCAAAAACAGGUAAUUUGUAAGAGUGGUUACAAAAUUGUUGCAACAGUACGAGAAAAUACAACAACCAGCACCUAAAAAAGCACCACAGGUGGCUAUAUGAAGUGUGUCUUGCAAAAAGUCAACAAAAAGUAUUGCUAGUGACACUCAAUUUAGUAGCUAGCAAAAGCAUAGUACAAUUUCAGAGUUGUUUGCAGCUGUUGCACCGUAUGAAAACGCAUCAUGAAGGCACCAGGAGAUAACUCUUGCUCUAGAGAAAAAUUAGUGUUUAAUUUCUGAACAUUUAUAAAUAAAUUUGAGUAAAAGUUGGAAUUAGUUAAUAUCUUUUCAGUUCCUAUUUUAACUGACACUCACUGCUUUUUAGCAGUAAGAAACUACAUUACAGAAUAUUGAGCUAAAGCUUGACUACAAAAUUAAAACGCAAUAUCUGUUAAAAAAAAAUCGCAAUUAAAUAUUUUUUUCCAAACCGCACAGCCCUACUUUGAGGUAUGGGCAUAUUUUUUUCUUUUUAUAGGAUAAAAAAAGACUUUUUUUCUUAACUAUUAUUCUCAAAUUUGUUACUUUAAAUUUAGCCAUAUUGAAUAAACUCAAAAUUACAGGUUAACAUCUCGUCAUCUUGGAAUUGAGUAAUGCAAAUUUAAUAAACAUUGAUUUUUGAGUUCAAAUGUUAAACAUAAAUGUUAGAAUUUUUGUUUACAUCUUGCAAUGUUAAUUUAUUUUUUUCACAGUAGGGCAAAAGAAAAAGAGAAUUGUGUGGAAAAACUUAAGAUAAUCUAAACUUACAAUUACAGCAAACAUGAAAUUCUGAAAAAAAACUAAAUCAAAAAAAUGCAAGAAAGGAAAUACUUUUCAUGAUGAUUUGUAUAUAAUUACAAAUAAAAAUCCAAAAUUAAGAAAAUGUUAUCUUGAAGUUUGUGACUUUUGUCAGAAUUUCAAGUUUGUCUUUUUUCUUUUUUUUUCUUCUUUUUUUGUCACAAUUAUUAAAAGACUCAAAACUGUCAGAGAAAAAGCCUUAAUUUUGAGGUAAUUCUUGCUGUAUGUUUUCACCCCAAGAAUUGCAUAAAAGUCAGGAUUGUAUGACAUAAAUUCAGAAUUGUGCUGUUACUGUAGCAUUACAAGAUAAGCUCGUUAUUACAAUAAUCAGGUGCAAUUCUGAAUAACAGAUUAAUAAAUUAAAAUGAAUUACAGAAUAAGUCUAUUUCUCUCCAUGACAUUUUCAUCAUUCAUUCAUUUUCUUUUCAGCUUAGUCCCUUUAUUUAUCAUGGGUUGCCACAGUGAAACUGCCAACUUAUACAGCAUGUUUUUCACAGCGGAUGCCCUUCCAGCUGCAACCCAGUACUGGGAAACAUCCAUACACACUCAUUCACACACACAUGCACUACGGCCAAUUUAGCUUAUUCAAUUCACUUAUAGUGCAUGUUUUUGGACUGUGGGGGAAACUGGAGCACCCACGCAAACAUGGGAGAACAUGCAAACUCAACACAGAAAUGCCAACUGACCCAGCCAGGACUCAAACCAGAAACCUUCUUGCUGUGAAACGAUGGUGCUAUGACAUUUUGUUAACUGAAAAAAGGCAGAAACAGGCUUCUGUAGUGUACAGUCAAACAUUUGAUACAUGUGCUCUUUCUUUAGUUAACAACAGUUAACAUAAUUUACUAUUUUAAUGACUGUAAUACUUAAAAUAAAUACAACAUCAACAAAUGUUAGAAAUGAUAAUUGAAAGUGAUUGAAAUGAGUGAUUGAAAGCUUGAUUAGACAGAUAAGCAUAAAUAAUAAACCUUCAAAAAAGGAAGAUACUGCUAUCAUUUUUGAGAAUAUGGAGUUUUCUUUUGAGAUGUGUAGUCUUUGUGAAACAGUCUGAUAAUAAAACCUCAUGAUGUGUCUGUGUUUUACUGACAGCAUCUUGAUAUGCCUCUAUUAUCUGGAAUAAUGAAUGAAUUUGUCUGUCUUGUGUCUUUUUAUAUCAAUGCUAAUUAGAUGUUCGUGUCAGGGUCAUCACUGUUAGUCCUUAUUUGCUGUCAAAAUGGACUUUUGUCUCUAUUAAACACAAAAUUAAAAACAAAGUUCCCACAAAAAUGAAAA